GUACUUUGCCAGCUUUUUACACUAUUUUUGCCAACAAAUGCAAAUGCUCUCGUCUUCUAUUUGUGUUUCGUCGCAAUCAGACAACAGGGAUAUCCAUCUUCAUACACAUCUCACAGCGCGUGCAUCUUCGAGUCAUCAUCAUCAUCAUUUGGAUGAAUCUCCCCAUCGUAGAAACAUCACCGAUAUGGACCAUGAAUCAAUUGUCGUUAUUGUAUCCUUCCCAUGAACUUCGCGUUUGAGGCUAGAAGUUGCAUAUGCGCGCUGAGCUGUCCUCCGCUCAAUGGCUGGAUUGCUCUCGGUUCAGGCUUUCUUCACAAACACCGUGUUUCACAUGGCAGCCGUACGCAGGAGCUACGAUCGAUCGAGAACUGCACCACGAAGUUAGCCAUGCAUCAUGGGUCAAAUAGCGAUGAUUGACCGGUAUGUUUUUACUCGAUGCUGGGAACGCAUUCCAAACGCAGCAGUGGUUCUCGAUAGCGU